AUGCAUCCCGCCCGAUACCGCCAAGAGGUGCAUUCCGCGGAAAUGCAACCCCCACGCUAUGAAGCCCUACAGUACGACGGGGCCGGGCAUCGACCCGUGGCAACGAGACGACCCUGGUGGAACCCGCGGUUCUGGACGAGGAGGGUUUGGACUUGGCUUUGCGCCGCCGCCGUCGUCAUAGUCAUCGUCAUUGCUGUGGCUGCGACUGUGACCAAGAAAAAGGCAUACCCGGAUUAUUCGGCCCUGAAUUACAGCUUGCAAGACACGUAUGCGGGCGAGACCUUUUUUGACCAGUUCAACUAUAGAACUGGCUACGACCCUGCCCACGGGUUUGUUCACUACGUGCCUCACGCCGAAGCCACCCAACGGAACCUCACGUACGCCACCCCCAGCGCGGCUGUCCUCCGCGUCGACACAGCCGUGGGCCCCCAAGACAACCCCAACGCCUCGACGGGCCGCUUCUCCGUACGUAUCGAAUCCACAAAGACGUACAACGGCGGUCUCUUCAUCUUGGACGUCAGGCACACCCCGUACGCAUGCGGCGCCUGGCCCGCUCUGUGGCUAACAGACCCGUACCACUGGCCCGACAAUGGAGAAAUCGACAUCAUGGAGUCCAUCAACCAGGGAACCGCUGGCAACGCCAUGACCCUCCACACCACCGGCGGCUGCUCCAUGGGCGUCGUGCGCAAGCAAACCGGCACCGCCAUCCAAGACAAUUGCGACCACAGCGUCGACAAGAACGCCGGAUGCGGCGUCCAGGGACCUGGUCCAACGUACGGAGCCACCCUGAACUCGGCCGGCGGUAGCGUCGUGGCUGUGGAGUGGCGAAGCGCGGGCAUUCGAAUGUGGCAGUUUGCCAGGAACGCCGUCCCCGCCGAUAUUACGAGCGGGAAGCCUAACCCUGCUGGAUGGGGAGUUGCCGCUGCUGAUUUUCCCGGCACAGAUUGCGACAUUGGCUCCCACUUCAAGAACCACUCUAUAAUCGCCAACAUUGAUCUAUGCGGGGACUUGGUCUACGGGAGCUGGGACAAGUCUGGGUGCCCCGGCACUUGUCAGGAUCUUGUUGCCAACCAGCCAGAUUCGUUCAAGACGGCAUAUUGGGAGUUUGGCUCGUUUCAGGUCUACCAACCGACUUAA